UGACUCGGGGAGGGACCACAUCAGCAGGCGGAGGGGAAAUGGGUGGUUGGAUUUUCUGGUCUUUGGUUGGCUCUCGUAACCUCCAGCCCUUCCUCAGCUUCCCUCUUCUUGUCAGUUGUGUGCAGCUCCUGGGGCUUCUCCUGGGGCCCCUUGGGAGGCAGCUUCCUGUGUUAGGCCCCCUGCCCACCUGUCUGUCUGUACAGGCUCCCAGUAGGGAACCCUCCACUCCUGUCACUGACGGGGCAGCAAAUGCCAAGGACUGGCACUUAGGCCACAAGCACCCACUGAUCCUGCUCUGUAGCCAGCUGUCUGCUGGGCUUGGGACCUAGACAAGUCAGGUAGCCGCCUGCCGGGAAGCUCACAGGUGAGUGGGAGAGAAGAUGAGAAUUGAGUAAACGUGGCGGCAGUCACAAGACUGCUGGCAAACGGGCCAGGAGUUCAGCACCUAGCAAGGAGUAGGCAGAGGAAGGGCACUGGCGGCGGCUCCUCUGUGCCAGACACUGCAUGUGUAGAGCCAGUACUUAUCCCGGCAGGAUGGCAGUUGCUCAAGUCAUGUUCGUCACUUGGCAUGUGGCCUUUGCAAGUUACUUAAUAUUUGUGAGCCUCAAUUUCCUCAUCGUUGAAAUGGCAAUGAGAAUGCAAAGGAUGUGGUGUGAGGCUGCUGGAGCUUGGGGCUGCCCAGGCCACAGUGGGCACAGAGCUGGGUACAGGAGGCCCUUGGAAAAGAUUUCCUGCCUGCAGCCGGCCCUCGGAGUAGCGGCCUUGGGGCCGAGUUGCGGCCAUGGAGCCUGUGGAGACCCCUGUCAAGGACGGCAUCCUCUACCAGCAGCACGUCAAGUUCGGCAAGAAGUCCUGGCGGAAGGUAUGGGGUCUGCUGUAUGCAGGAGGCCCAUCAGGCGUGGCACGGCUGGAGAGCUGGGAGGUCCGGGACGGUGGCCUGGGGCCCGCGGGUGACAGGUCUGCAGGGCCUGGCCGGCGCGGGGAGCGGCGGGUCAUCCGCCUGGCUGACUGCGUGUCCGUGCUGCCGGCGGAUGGCGAGAGCUGCCCCCGGGACACUGGUGCCUUCCUGCUCACCACCACUGAGCGAAGCCACCUCCUGGCUGCACAGCACCGCCAGACGUGGAUGGACCCCAUCUGCCAACUGGCCUUCCCGGGCACAGGGGAGUGCCCCUCAGGAUCAGGGGAGGCAGAGGCUCCCAAGAGGGGCCUGGUCCCCAUGGAGGAGAACUCCAUCUACUCCUCCUGGCAGGAAGUGGGCGAGUUUCCAGUGGUGGUGCAGAGGACCGAGGCGGCCGCCCGCUGCCAGCUGAAGGGGCCCUACCUCCUGGUGCUGGGCCAAGACGCCAUCCAGCUGAGGGAGCCCACCAGCCCCCAGGCCCUCUACACCUGGCCCUACCGCUUCCUGCGCAAGUUUGGCGCCGACAAGGGCAUUUUCUCUUUCGAAGCUGGCCGCCGCUGUGACUCCGGCGAGGGCUUCUUCGCCUUCAGCAGCCCCCGAGCCCGCGACCUGUGCGGGGCCGUGGCGGCCGCCAUAGCCCGCCAGCGCGAGCGGCUGCCGGAGCUGGUGGGACCCCGGCCCUGCCCGCUGCCGCGGGCCACCUCCCUGCCCUCCCUGGAUCCCCCGGGCGAGCUGCGCGAGGCGCCGCGGGGCCCCGAGCCGCCCAGCUCCUGGAAGGCGCGCCUGGCCGAGCCCGGGCCGCAGAGCCUGCCCCCGGUGCUGGGCCCCGCGCCGCCCCCCGAACCCCCGCUCUACGCGUCGGUGUGCAAGCGCGCCAGCGUGCCCCCGGGCGCCGCCGAGCACCUCUACGAGAACGUGGGCGUGCUGGAGGCCGGGCCGGCGCCCGAGCGCGCCCCCGGCGGCCGCAGCCCCCUGGCCAGCCCCGUCUACCACAACGACGAGGACCUGGGCUGGCCCGGCCCGGCCCACGACAGCAGCCUGGAGGCCCAGUACCGGCGGCUGCUGGAGCUGGACAACGACGACGACGACGGCGUCGGCGACGAGGCCGGGGGCUCUGGCCGGCCCUACACUCACACGGGCUUCAAGGCCAAGCUGGUGACACUGCUGAGCCGUGAGCGGAAGAAGGGCCCAGCCCCCUGCGACCGGCCCUGAACACCCUGCGUGGCAUGGGACAGGAGGGUGGACAAACAAUGGACAUCUGGGGACACAUCCUGCAUCCAUUCUGGUCUGUGGGGGCAACGCAGGCCACCAGGGGAGGACUCCUCCUGCGCCCUGCCGGCCCCCCAGUGUAUAGUGUACAGGUCUGCCAUAAUAAAGCCUUCAACUCCCCUCUC